UUGUGUGGCAACAGCAAGGAGGCCGCUGUGGCUUGAGUGGAGUGACAGUGCACGGGCCAGUGCCAACAGGGGCAGCGCUAGGGCUGUCUUCCUAGGACUUCCCUCAUUUGCAACUUGGGCCUGACCCCAGACUGGAAUUAAGGGGCAGGCCAGCUGGGCAGCGGCCUGGGUAGAAAAGGGCACUAAAUUAUCCUUGGGGUAAUUCCGACAUUUGGUGCCAAUGAACUCUGAUUUCUGUCUGGGUCUCUUGGUGAACCGUAAAUUGGCUCCCAUACACUGACAGAAUCCUUGACGACUGCUUACCUGGACUGUUUGUCUCCAGAAUAAUUUUGCAACGUGCAGGUACAGGCAGAAGUUGCAGGGUGUGGCCCCCGAGACCUGCCAGCCAGCGUGGUCUAAAGGCAGCAGUCACAGCUGGAAUUCUGCAAAUGCGCCCUCCAGUGUGAAGUGCCCUUCCCUGAGAGAGCGUUAUGCUAUUGUCUACAGUUUAAAUGGUUUAAUAUGCCCACCGAGAAACUGCUUCAGAGAGUUGCAUGUGAUGAAUUCAUAUAAUAAGCUCUAAUUCUGAAUGGAAAGAAUGAGGUUUACCGUUUUUAUCCCAACAAAAUUGGUAUUCCUCCACCCCUGCUAAGUAAAACAUUCAACAGAUAUUUAAAUGAGCCGGGUCUGAAGGGGUGCCAACUCACUGGCUUGCUCAGGGUGCCAGGGCUGGCUCUUACCCGGCAACACGUGCACCCCUUGAACCAACUGGGGACCUGAACUGUGAGUGGGUGCGUUUGCGGUCGGGCAUUUGGCCGUACCCCCACAAGUAGUCUUGCUUGGCGUGUCUUGCCUUACAUAGGAGCUGAGUUCUGGUGUCCUAAUGACGGUUCCUAUGCCCUCUGCAGGACUAAGGAUAGAUCAUAUAUGAGCGGGAGAUGACUAGGACAUGGAAUCAGGAACAGGGGAAUGGUUAAGGGCACCAGGAGGGGACUGCCAGUCACUGGGAGAACUUAAGUGCUCAGUAAACAUAGGGCAACGAGGAAGUUCAGGGGCUGAGGUGGGGAAGAGGAGGAGCUGAGAUUGAGUAGAGAAGGUGCCUAGAGGCCAGCAGGCGUCGAAGUCCUCUGGGUCUGACCGGGCAGUCCCAGCUCCAGCCCGUCCCCUGGCCCCUCCCCGCUGCCGGCCAGAGUCACACAUGUGUUUUCCUGUUUUCCAUUUCGGUCCCCGUCACCCUCUGCCUUUUCAGCUCCUCGGAGUCAGCAGCUGCUGCAGCUCCAGCCUUAGCUGGCUUCCCUUCCUAGCACCUUCCCCUCCCCCGCCCCUACCCCCUGCUUGCGGGUAGCCCCUCCUCCUCGCACCUGCCCAAAGGUCACGGGACAGGUAAGAGGUGGGAGAGGAGGGACUAUGGGCCAGAGGGGAAGUGCCGGAGGAGGAUGGAGUGAGCGUCCUGCAAAUUGGCCAACCGGAGACCCAAGAGUCCGUUGUCUCCCGGCCCUGGCCCUGGCCCCGGCCCUCUCUAGGCAGAGCCCUCUUUCUGCCCAGAGACUUCAGCCCUACGCUAAUGGGAGCCCUGGGCGCAGGAGUAAACAAUUUCUUUCUUGUUUCACUUUUUUUUUUUUUUUUUUUAAAGGGACUAUGGUAGCCUCACUGGAAUAUAGAAAAACAAAUGGAGCACUGGGGAGGGAGGAGCUGAGCUUCCAGCUUGGGGUGAUGGGGGAAUCUGGCUGCACCACAGUGUAUGUGUUUUCUCUUUCUGUUGUUAGAGGGGAAAGCACAGACCAGUUGGAGCUAGGAAGGCAGGACAUGGGGUCUCUAGGGGAGAAAGUGUCUUCUUCAUUUAGCUCUUGAGCUUGACAGAGCAGCCAAGACCCUGAACUGUGUUCUCGUUCCUGGAAGAAGUAUGCUUUGGCUUUGUCAUUCACAGAGGGCGAUGCCAAGAAGCUGGUGACGGCUUUCUUCUCCUUCCACCAUGGCUGACGGCAUUAAAUAUGAAGUGGCCUCCCAGCAAGAGGGGGACGCCUCCCCUUUGGGCGAUGAAGCCAGCUCAGGGUCUGAGCAGGUAAAGCUGAAGAAGGAGAUCUCGCUGCUUAAUGGCGUGUGCCUGAUUGUGGGGAACAUGAUCGGCUCGGGCAUCUUUGUUUCCCCCAAGGGCGUGCUCAUGUACAGUGCCUCUUUUGGCCUCUCCCUGGUCAUCUGGGCUGUUGGGGGCCUCUUCUCCGUCUUUGGAGCCCUUUGUUAUGCGGAAUUGGGCACCACCAUUAAGAAAUCUGGAGCCAGCUAUGCCUACAUCCUCGAGGCCUUCGGGGGAUUCCUUGCCUUCAUCCGACUGUGGACCUCACUCCUCAUCAUCGAGCCCACCAGCCAGGCCAUUAUUGCCAUCACCUUUGCCAACUACAUGGUGCAGCCCAUCUUCCCGAGCUGCUUUGCCCCCUAUGCGGCUGGGCGCCUGCUGGCUGCUGCCUGUAUCUGUCUCUUAACCUUCAUUAACUGUGCCUAUGUCAAGUGGGGAACACUGGUACAAGAUAUCUUCACCUAUGCUAAAGUCUUGGCAUUGAUCGCCGUCAUCAUUGCAGGCAUUGUUAGACUCGGCCAGGGAGCCUCCACUCACUUUGAGAAUUCUUUUGAGGGUUCAUCAUUUGCAGUGGGGGACAUUGCCCUGGCAUUGUAUUCGGCUCUGUUCUCCUACUCAGGCUGGGACACCCUCAACUAUGUUACUGAAGAGAUCAAGAAUCCCGAGAGGAACCUACCUCUCUCCAUUGGCAUUUCCAUGCCCAUUGUCACCAUCAUCUACAUCUUGACCAAUGUGGCUUAUUACACUGUGCUAGACAUGAGGGACAUCCUCGCCAGUGAUGCUGUUGCUGUGACUUUUGCAGACCAGAUUUUUGGAAUUUUCAAUUGGACAAUUCCAUUGGCGGUUGCAUUAUCCUGCUUUGGUGGCCUCAAUGCCUCCAUUGUGGCUGCUUCUAGGCUUUUCUUUGUGGGCUCAAGAGAAGGCCAUCUCCCGGAUGCCAUCUGCAUGAUUCAUGUUGAGCGGUUCACACCGGUACCUGCUCUGCUCUUCAAUGGUAUCAUGGCACUGAUCUACUUGUGUGUGGAGGACAUCUUUCAGCUCAUUAACUACUACAGCUUCAGCUACUGGUUCUUCGUGGGGCUCUCUAUCGUCGGUCAGCUUUAUCUGCGCUGGAAGGAGCCUAAUCGGCCUCGUCCCCUCAAGCUCAGUCUUUUCUUUCCCAUUGUCUUCUGCCUCUGCACCAUCUUCCUGGUGGCUGUACCGCUUUACAGUGAUACCAUCAACUCCCUCAUCGGCAUUGGCAUUGCCCUCUCGGGCUUGCCCUUUUACUUCCUCAUCAUCAGAGUGCCAGAACACAAGCGACCUCACUGCCUCCGAAGGAUUGUGGCAUCCACUACAUGGUACCUCCAGGUCCUAUGUAUGUCAGUUGCUGCAGAGAUGGAUUUGGAAGAUGGAAGAGAGAUACCCAAGCAACGAGAUCCCAAGUCUAACUAAACACCAUCUAGAAUUCUAAGAUGCGGAAAGCGGGGGCCUCUUGUCUCUUGCUGGCUGGAGCCAAAGAAGAGAAAAGGAAAGUACACUUCUUUGUUGAAGCUGCUCAGACCAGGCUUCUGGACAGGUGCCUCCAAUUUUUGAACUUGCUUUUUGAGAGAUGAAAAGUAAUUUAUUUGUUUUGCUACACACUGUUCCAGA